CACAAAUGAGUACUCUCCCUCAAACUCAGGACCAAACCAUCCCAGAUGCCUGGGACUAUAAGGGUCGACCAGCAGAGAGGUCCAAAACUGGUGGUUGGACUUCUGCAGCCAUGAUUUUAGGAGGAGAAGCAUGUGAGAGGUUAACAACUCUUGGUAUCGCCGUAAAUUUGGUGACAUAUUUAACGGGUACUAUGCAUUUGGGCAAUGCUUCCUCUGCCAACAUAGUCACCAAUUUCAUGGGAACCUCUUUUAUGCUCUGCUUGCUCGGUGGUUUUCUAGCCGACACUUUUAUCGGGAGAUACCUCACUAUAGCCAUAUUCGCAACCGUUCAAGCAACUGGUGUUACAAUCUUAACGAUAUCAACCAUAAUCCCGAACCUACAUCCUCCAAAAUGCACAAAAGACACUGGAAAACCUUGCAUACCUGCAAGCAACACACAACUCAUGGUGCUAUAUUUAGCUCUUUAUGUCACAGCCUUUGGCACCGGUGGUUUGAAAUCCAGUGUCUCAGGCUUUGGUUCGGAUCAGUUCGAUGAUUCGGAUAAAGGAGAGAAAAAACAGAUGAUUAAAUUCUUCAACUGGUUCUUCUUCUUCAUUAGCAUAGGGUCACUGGCAGCAGUAACCAUUCUCGUGUACAUUCAAGAUCACCUAGGAAGAGAUUGGGGUUAUGGUAUAUGUGCAUGUGCUAUCUUGCUGGCUCUUUUUGUGUUCUUAUUGGGCACGAGAAGGUACCGGUUCAAGAAACUCGCCGGUAGCCCGUUAACUCAGAUUGCGGUGGUUUAUGUGGCGGCUUGGAGGAAGAGGCACUUCGAGUUGCCCUCUGAUUCGUCCUUGUUGUUCGACGUGGAUGACUUCGCCGAUGAAACACUGAGUAAGAAGAAGAAGCAGAGGUUGCCACAUAGCAAGCAGUUCCGCUUCUUGGACAAGGCUGCAAUCAAGGACCCAAAAACAGAAGGUGAAAUCAACGUUGAGAGGAAGUGGUACCUUUCAACUUUAACAGAUGUUGAAGAAGUCAAAAUGGUUCAAAGAAUGUUACCAAUAUGGGCCACCACCAUAAUGUUUUGGACAGUCUAUGCUCAAAUGACCACAUUCUCAGUAUCACAAGCAACCACCAUGGACCGCCACAUCGGAAAAUCAUUUCAAAUUCCGGCAGCAUCUCUGACCGUGUUCUUCGUCGGGAGCAUUCUCCUAACCGUUCCCAUUUAUGACCGUGUCAUCUUUCCCAUAACAAGGAAGGUUCUCAAGAACCCACAAGGGCUAACCCCUUUGCAACGCAUUUGUGUUGGGUUGGUGUUCUCAAUCUUGGCCAUGGUGGCAGCAGCACUCACCGAAAUAAAGCGCUUGAGAGUGGCUCGGUCACAUGGUUUGGUAGAUAACCCUUCAGCUGUGCUUCCCUUGAGUGUGUUCUGGCUGGUCCCACAAUUCUUCUUUGUGGGGUCAGGGGAGGCUUUUACUUAUAUAGGGCAACUAGACUUCUUCCUCAGAGAAUGUCCUAAAGGGAUGAAAACAAUGAGCACAGGGUUGUUUUUGAGCACACUGUCCUUGGGGUUUUUCUUUAGCUCCUUAUUGGUGACUGUAGUGCACAAAGUUACAAGCCAUAAGCCAUGGCUUUCAAAUAAUCUCAAUGAGGGGAAACUCUAUGACUUUUACUGGCUUUUGGCCAUGUUGAGUGGUUUGAAUUUGGUCAUAUUCUUGUUUUGUGCUAAGCGGUAUGUGUACAAGGACAAAAGGCUUGCUGAGGAGGGCAUAGAAAUGGAAGAACCAGACGCUUCUUGCCAUGCAUAGCUAGGUUCUUUUUAUUUAAUCCUCCAUCAUCUCACACUUAUUGUAGUUUUCUUUUUUUUCUUUUUUCUUCUUUUAUCUGAGUUUGCUAAAUAAGCAUUUUCAUUGGCUACCAACUUCAUUAAGGUUGUAACCGUUUUCUAUGUGUUUAUACUUUAUAAUGUAGUAUGGAAAAGAAGAAAGCAGAAAGAAAUGAAUAGAUUGCUU